CCGAUCGAGGACUAGUGUGGGAGAUAACUACCGAUGUCUCGAUCUCAUAAGAGGGUCUCUACCAAUGAUGCCGUGGAUGACCCAACACUGAAUAAGAAACAAAAGACCACCACCACCAACAACAACUGUUUCAGUGAAAGCGUCAACGGAAAGAUCGCUGACCGCCCCACACGUGCUAAGUAUCAGUCAAACACCAUAUCACACCAUGAUUCAUCGUCUAAGAAAAAAUUUGGAGUUCGAAAACAAGAGAAGGAGGCAGAUGAAACUUGUGCAGGGUCAAUCGAAGUUGAUCCACAUACUCCCCCUAAUCAUAAUCAGCUAAGAAAUGAGACUCAGUUACAAACACCACUAUCCACCUUAACCAAUGCUACCAUAUCCCACUUUGAUUCACCGGGUGGAAGCUUACAAAUGUUAGAGACAGGAUCAGGGGUGAGUGUGAAGUUUAAGGUGGAUGAUGGAGAGUAUGUUCUGAUAAUCAAGAGAAGGAACGUUCCAAGUUCAAGCGAUGAGCGUAACGUGGAAGAAGAGACAAAUGAAUUGGCUCGAAGCGCAGGCUUGCUGUUGGUUCAAGCUGAGAUGCUUCGUGGCAUGGGAGAGCAACUUCUCGCUCAGUACCGAGCAUCACUUCAACGUACAUUCGGAAAUUUAGUACCCGCAACCGGAACGCCUCUCACUCACCACUGACUUUCCUGCAUCUGCAUGCGUUAUAUUUAUGUGUGUUUUUUCUAUUAAAUUGAAUUUUCAUUCUGUUGGAUAGCAACAAAGUCUCGCAUCAUUGGUGGAGAUCGUACAUUCAGGUCAUUGUAGCGAUAACAUGGUUCUGCUAUGUUACUUAGAUUUGAUUUAAUAAAAGUAAUUUUUAGUUAAAUUGUUUCUGGUUUGUUAUUUGGUGACUAUUGCUCUCGAAACAAUAGGGGAGAUCUCAGCAGAGAAAUUUUCAGUUCGUGAACAAAAGAAUGGAUGUUACAUUGGAUUAACCGGCUAAGAUUGUGCUUAUCAGAAAUCAUCUUAAAUCUUCAAUUCCUAGUUCGCUGAUUCGAGAACAAGCGAGACUGUGUUGCUCCUGUUAAUUAGUGUUAUUGCUUUGAGGCCUUGUCA